CUGAUAGCUGAUCUCCAAUACAUUUUGACAUUGGACCAAUAUAUGUUGACAUCAUGGCAAGACACAGGAUCCUAACCUUUGCUGUGAUGUAUUUCUUCCAGGCUUGGACUUUGGGUGUGGACUCCAAGAUGGUUCAUCUCCGUCAGCCUGGUCUCAGUUCCUCCAUAACCUUAGACAUGGUCCCUAACUCUGUUGACGACAUGUAUAAAGGAUGCAUAAAAGAAAUGGGCAAAAAGGUGAAGGAAUAUCUUCCAAAUGAAACCAAUACAGGAGGGAUCUUCGAACAAGCCUGGACGAAAGCAGAAACAUGUGCCUCAAAUAAGUACAAAUCAGUCAACAAUAAACUACACGAACUUAGUUACAAUCACAUUAGAGCUAUCUGUGCUUACACAGGAGGUCAAACUAAGAUAUACCCAGUGUUCAACGAAGCUGUCCGGACCAGUAGAUAUGAGUACACAACCUCCUUCCAGUUCCACUCCCUGCAUUUCCUGCUGACUGACGCCAUUCGCAUCCUGAAACUAAAACAAAAUACCUGUCACACCACAUACCGGAGAACCAACAUGGAGUUUUCAGGUGAAGUGAACAAGGAAAUCAGAUUCGGCCUCUUUGCCUCCAGUUCUUUCCUAAAGAACUUGACACAUUUUGGAGAGAAGUCUUGCUUUGAGAUAGAGACAUGUUUUGGCGCUGACCUGAAGUCUUUCCCCAGUCUGGGGAAUUAUGAAAAGGAGGUGUUGAUUCCACCAUAUGAAGUGUUCAGAGUUACUGCCGUGCUGAAGAAAGAGAAUGAUAAAAACCUUUGGUGCGAUGUUGUGUACAAACUAAAGAGUAUCAAAACACUGAGUAACCUGAAUUGCAAAAUUUUUAACAAGACAACAAUGAAUUAAGAAAAUCUGUGUUGAUCUUGAGUCAUUGUCCCUAAAGACGAUUUAAAACUAACAGCUAUGCUGCUUAUCUUUCUAAAAGUAAAUGAAGCCAAACAACGUGUCUUCAGUGUCUAAAGCUUUUAUUGUAAUAGGAUAAUUGGUUUAUUGGUGGAUGUUACAUAAAGACCUCAUCCUGACUACCAGAAAUAGUUAUUAUUAAGAUGUGUGUAUUAACCUGUGUAUCAGACUCCAUAGGAGAUUUUAAAGCACUUAUAUACCUUCUGCAGCUUGUUUCAACAUGAAUAAAGACAAUCAUUGAGCUUG